CGCGGGCGGCAGAAGCGGCGGCGGCGGCGGCGGCGGCGGUUGGGCCUCGAGCGCCGCGCGGCCCGGCUCUCGGGGGCGGGCGGCGGCGAAGAUGGAGGAGCUGGUGGUGGAAGUGCGGGGCUCCAACGGCGCCUUCUACAAGGCAUUUGUAAAGGAUGUUCAUGAAGAUUCUAUAACGGUUGCAUUUGAGAAUAAUUGGCAGCCAGAGAGGCAGAUUCCAUUCCAUGAUGUGAGAUUUCCUCCACCUGUUGGCUAUAAUAAAGAUAUCAACGAGAGUGACGAAGUCGAGGUUUAUUCCAGAGCAAAUGAAAAGGAACCUUGCUGUUGGUGGUUAGCUAAAGUGAGGAUGAUAAAGGGUGAGUUCUAUGUGAUAGAAUAUGCAGCCUGUGAUGCUACAUACAAUGAAAUCGUAACCAUUGAACGUUUACGAUCGGUUAAUCCCAACAAGCCUGCCACAAAAGAUACUUUCCACAAACUCAAACUGGAUGUACCAGAAGACUUAAGGCAAAUGUGUGCUAAAGAAUCUGCGCAUAAGGACUUCAAAAAGGCAGUUGGUGCCUUUUCUGUUACUUAUGAUCCAGAAAGUUUUCAACUUGUCAUCUUGUCCAUCAGUGAAAUUACCUCCAAGCGUGCACAUAUGCUGAUUGACAUGCACUUCCGGAGUUUACGCACGAAACUCUCUCUGAUUCUGAGGAAUGAAGAGGCCAGUAAACAGCUUGAGAGCUCAAGGCAGCUUGCCUCAAGGUUUCAUGAACAGUUUAUUGUGAGAGAAGAUCUGAUGGGUCUAGCGAUUGGUACUCAUGGUGCUAAUAUACAACAAGCUAGAAAAGUCGCGGGGGUGACUGCUAUUGAUCUAGAUGAAGAUACCUGCACAUUUCAUAUUUAUGGAGAGGACCAGGAUGCAGUGAAAAAAGCUAGAAGCUUUCUUGAAUUUGCUGAGGAUGUUAUACAGGUUCCUAGAAACUUAGUAGGCAAAGUAAUUGGAAAAAAUGGAAAACUAAUUCAGGAAAUCGUGGACAAGUCAGGAGUUGUGAGAGUAAGAAUUGAGGCUGAAAAUGAGAAAAAUGUUCCACAAGAAGAGGAAAUUAUGCCAGCAAACUCCCUACCUAGCACUAAUUCAAGGGUUGGACCACCCCCCUCAGAAGAGAAAAAACAUGCAGACACAAAGGAAAACAGUGCCCAUUUUUCUCAGGCUAACAGCACAAAAGUACAGAGGGUGUUAGUGGUUUCAUCAAUUGUAGCAGGGGAAUCCCAGAAACCUGAACUCAAGGCUUGGCAGGGCAUGGUACCAUUUGUUUUUGUGGGAACUAAGGACAGCAUCGCUAAUGCUACCGUUCUUUUAGAUUAUCACCUGAAUUAUUUAAAGGAAGUAGACCAAUUGCGUUUGGAGAGAUUACAAAUUGAUGAGCAGUUGCGCCAGAUUGGAGCUAGUUCUAGACCACCACCCAAUCGUACAGAUAAGGAAAAAGGCUAUGUCACUGAUGAUGGUCAAGGACUGGGUCGAGGUAGUAGACCUUACAGAAAUAGGGGGCACGGCAGACGCGGUCCCGGAUAUGCUUCAGGAACUAAUUCUGAAGCAUCAAAUGCUUCUGAAACAGAAUCUGACCACAGAGAUGAACUCAGUGAUUGGUCAUUAGCUCCAACAGAGGAAGAAAGGGAGAACUUCCUGCGCAGAGGCGAUGGCCGGAGACGUGGAGGAGGAGGAAGAGGCCAAGGCGGAGGAAGGGGCCGAGGAGGCGGCUUCAAAGGGAAUGAAGAUCACUCUCGCUCUGAUAAUCGUCCCCGAAACCUGAGAGAGGCGAAAGCACGGCCAGCAGAUGGAUCUCUUCAGAAUACCUCCAGUGAAGGUAGCCGGCUGCGCCCGGGGAAAGAUCGUAACCAGAAGAAGGAAAAGACAGACAGCGCGGAUGGGCAGCAACAGCUGGUGAACGGAGUGCCCUAAACUGCGCAGCUCGCCUGCAGACGUUCGAGUCCCUCUACCAUUUCCGGAAUUAUUCUUCCAUAUUAGAAAACUUUGUUAGGCCAAAGACAAAUAGUAGGCAAGAUGGCACAGGGCAUGAAAUGAACAAAAAUCCGUUAAGUAUUUUUCUUUUCUUUUUGGUAUUGGCCAUAGCAACAUGUUUCAGUUUGCACAAAUAAGAUACCUUUAAAUUUUGAAACAUAAAUCUUAGCCCUUCAAAGCAGUUUUGUUGAUUUUCUUAUCUAAAGUACUGAGCAGUAAUACUCAUUGUUAAUUUGGACUCCCCCCACCCGUGAUGCUUCCACAUUGCAUUUCAGUUUUUCUAAAUUGUGAUGAAGAGACUUCUGUUUUCAAUCUCACAGAAGUCUCCAUGAAGUACUAUGUCAUUUCAUGUCCUAUGUCACUUUAUGUUUUGGUCCACUUUUUCAGUAUUUUAGUGGACCCGGGGAUGUAUGUGAUGUGACAUUUGUCAUUUUCAUUAGCAAAAAAAUUAAUAAACAAGUUGUAUGAUCUGUGCCUUUUUUAUAUCUUGGCAGGUAGGAAUAUUAUAUUUGGAUGCAGAGUUCAGGGAAGAUAAGUUGGAAACACUAAAUGUUAAAGAUGUAGCAACCCCUGUUGAACAUUAGUACUUUAUAGAGAUAUGCAUGCUUUCCAUAUUUUUUUCCUUAACAUAAACAUCAGGUUAGGCAGUGUAAAGAAUAGGACUUGUUUUUGUUUUUUGUUUCGUUGCACUGAAAUUUGACAAAUAGUGUUACUGAGAAGGAUGUGUAAUUUUUCUGUAUAGACAGGAGAAGAAAUAACUUUCUUUUCAUUUGAGAGAGGCUAAAAUGCUUCAGCUAGGAACAAAUCAUCCUGGUUGAAAAGUAGUAGGAUGUGCCUGCUCUUUGGCCUGAUGACCAGUUUUAACUUAGUACCUUUAUUUUGUUCUCCCCAAAUUUUGUGAUGUUUUUCAUACUUUAAUUUCAAGUUGAUUUUGGGGAGAUAGGAAGGUCAUUUUCAUGUGUGCAUAAUAAUCCUGUGAAGUACAGGUGCUUUGUGUAAGAAACAUUGGAAACAUUUUAAAUGUUUUGUAAACUUUGAAAUACUAGGUCUAAUGUAUAAUCAGAAUUGGAAAGCAGACUAGGAUUGAUAAAUACUUUUUUUGUCUUUUUUUUUCAAUUUGUUUAGUUCUCUUUUUUUGGUUUGUUUAGUUCUUUUUUGUUUGUUUUUAUGUGGUUGUUUGCGUUUUUUUUAAUUUACCAAGGAAAAAUAUGUGAAGGAACUUCACUCUAAGAUGUUAUAUUUUUCUUAAAAAAUAACUCCUGAGGUACCACUGAAUCUGUACAGAGCCGUACACACCGAAGUUCUGCCUCUGAUGUAAUUUGUGAGUUUGUUUCUUUAUAGGUUUUUAUUUUACAGUUACCUUUCCUUGCAUACAAAUGAGCAUAUAAAACUGGCAGCAAACUGCACAUGAUUUCAAGAAUAUUAAAAAGUUUCUUAAAAAUAUUGCCAAACAUUAAUGUUGAUUUCUAGUUAUUUAUUCUGGGAAUGUAUAGUAUUUGAAACAGAAAUUGGUACCUUGCACAAAUCAUCUGUAAGCUGUUUGGUUUAAAAUACUGUAGAUAAUUAAUCAAGGUAGAAUGACCUUGUAAUGUAACUGCUCUUGGGCAAUAUUCUCUGUACAUAUUAGCGACAACAGAUUGGAUUUUAUGUUAACAUUUGUUUGGUUAUAGUGCAAUAUAUUUUGUAUGCAAGCAGUUUCAAUAAAGUUUGAUCUUCCUCUGCUAAAUUGAUGUUGAUGCAAUCCUUACAAAUGAUUGCCUUUAAAAUUUUAAGGUAGACGAAAUCUAUAGAAAGUGUUCUGUUACAAAAUGUAACUGUUACCAUUGGAAAGUACACUUGUAAUAGGAAGUUAGCUGAUAUGGACCAACUUUUGAAGACUUGAUUAUGUUUAAUAAGGUGAAAAACUACAAAAUGGUACAAAAGCACAUUGUACCAUUACAAUAUGCACUAAGUCUCUUUUUAUUUUUACAAAGGCUGAAUCCAGCAAGGCGCUAACUUGCUUAAAUGUGAAUUACUAACUUCUAAAACUGUAAUUUGAUUCACAUGUUUUCAAAUGGAGUUGGAGUUGAUUCAUAUUGCAAUAUUUGUGUACUAAACGUGUAUGUUUUUCAGUUCAAAGUCAUGUUUUUAAAAUCUUAUUAAAGUUUCAAAAAUCUGAA